ACCUCGGCGGGCUGCCCCCGCCCGGCCUCCCCUCCCCUCCCCGCCCGGCCUCCGCGCCCGCCGCCGGGGCAGAGCCUCCGCUGCCGGGAUUCGCGGCGGCUUUUGGCGAAGAGCGGAGGAGGGGGGGGGGGGGGGAGAGAGAGAGAGAGAGGCACAAAAGGGAAGGACGGAGGGAAAGUCCCUCCCACGCCCCCCUCCCCCAAGUUUAUGAUGGGGGUCCGGAGGAGCAGCUCCGCUCCGCAGCAACCGCUCGCCUGCUGAAAACUUGCUGCUCCGCUUUUUGGGGUUGCUGAGCUGGAAGAUGCACGCCUAAGAUGGAAACUUCUGCUUCAACUGCUGCUGGGAAAAAAGAAGGAAAAGGUGCAGUUCUGGAGGGGAAUGGCUUUACGGAGACGGGGAAGAAACCCACUCCUUUAGCAGCUGCAGGAGCAGCAGUGGCACAAGGAGUGCCGCAGCACAUUUUUCCAGCCUUCCACGCUCCUUUGCCAAUUGACAUGCGCCACCAGGAAGGACGAUACCAUUACGAACCUCACUCUAUCCACGCUAUCCACGGGCCUCCUCCCCUGAGCGGCAGCCCCGUCAUCUCCGACAUCUCCCUCAUCCGCCUGUCUCCGCACCCCACCGGGCCCGGCGAGUCGCCCUUCAGCCCGCCGCAUCCCUACGUGACGCCCCACAUGGAGCACUACCUCCGCUCCGUCCACGGCAGCCCCACGCUCUCCGUCAUCUCCGCUGCCAGGGGCCUCAGCCCCGCCGACGUGGCUCACGAGCAUCUGAAGGAGAGAGGCCUCUUUGGGCUGCCCCCGCCACCACCAGGAGCCAACCCCACGGACUACUACCACCAAAUGACGCUGAUGGCCGGCCACCCCAACCCCUAUGGGGACAUCCUGAUGCAGAGCGGGGGAGCAGCCAGCACGGCACACCUCCAUGAGUACCUCAGCCCCGUCGACGUGUCCCGGUUUUCAAGCCCACGGGUGACUCCGAGAUUAAGCCGAAAAAGAGCCCUGUCUAUCUCCCCGCUGUCUGAUGCCAGCAUUGAUCUCCAGACGAUGAUCAGGACCUCCCCAAACUCCCUCGUGGCAUACAUUAACAACUCCAGAAGCAGCUCUGCAGCGAGCGGCUCCUAUGGCCAUUUAUCUGCUGGGACGAUAAGCCCCGCGUUCAGCUUCCCCCACCCCAUCAACCCCGUGACGUACCAGCAGAUCUUGACCCAGCAGCGAGGCCUGAGCUCAGCCUUCGGGCACACUCCUCCCCUGAUCCAGCCGUCUCCCACCUUUCCCCCUCGGCAGCACAUGGCUGUCAUCUCCGUCAACCCGCCUGCGGCACAGAUCAGCAGCAACAGCAACUGCAUCUCCGACUCCAGUCAGAGCAAGCAGAGCAGUGAAUCGGCCGUGAGCAGCACCGUCAACCCAGUAAUUAACAAGCGCAGCAAAGUCAAGACCGAAGUUGAGGGCUUGCCUCCAGCAUCCCCGACCACGCAGGAGCAUCUGACAGACCUGAAAGAAGAUCUAGAUAAGGAUGAAUGUAAACAGGAGCCUGAGGUUAUUUAUGAGACAAACUGUCACUGGGAAGGGUGCACAAAGGAAUAUGACACUCAAGAGCAGCUCGUCCAUCACAUCAACAACGAUCACAUCCACGGGGAGAAGAAGGAGUUUGUCUGCCGCUGGCAGGACUGCACGCGGGAGCAGAAGCCCUUCAAGGCUCAGUACAUGCUGGUGGUGCACAUGCGAAGGCACACCGGGGAGAAGCCGCACAAGUGCACGUUUGAGGGUUGCUCCAAAGCCUAUUCCCGCCUGGAGAACUUAAAGACACACCUGAGAUCCCACACUGGAGAAAAACCCUACGUCUGUGAACAUGAAGGCUGCAAUAAAGCCUUUUCCAAUGCCUCAGAUAGAGCCAAGCACCAGAACAGGACACAUUCCAAUGAGAAACCCUACGUCUGUAAAAUCCCUGGCUGCACAAAGAGGUACACAGACCCUAGUUCCCUCAGGAAACACGUCAAGACCGUACAUGGGCCUGAUGCCCACGUCACGAAGAAGCAGCGCAAUGACGUUCACCCAAGGCCACCUCCUCUCAAGGAAAAUGGGGACAAUGAGGCAAGCGCCAAGCAAAGCAGCAAGGUUUCAGAGGAGAGCCCCGAGGCCAACAGCACCACGAGGAGCAUGGAGGAUUGCUUACAAGUCAAAACGAUAAAAACAGAGAAUUCUGUGAUGUGUCAGUCCAGUCCUGGUGGCCAGUCGUCAUGCAGCAGUGAACCGUCGCCCCUUGGCAGCACCAACAACAAUGACAGUGGAGUAGAAAUGAACAUGCACAGCGGGGGAAGUCUGGGAGAUCUGACGGCGUUGGAUGACAACGCUCCUGUUGUGGACUCAACGGUCUCAUCUGGUAAUUCGACAGUCAGCCUGCAGCUAAGGAAACACAUGACGACGAUGCAACGACUUGAACAGCUCAAGAAAGAGAAACUCAAGACAGUUAAGGAUUCCUGCUCAUGGGUGAGCCCAGCUCCACAAGCCAGAAACACCAAGCUGCCUCCCAUCUCAGGAAACGGCUCUGUUCUAGAAAAUAGCGGUGGUUCUUCUGCUACACUGCCUAAUCCAAGAAUAAUGGAGCUGUCUGUCAAUGAGGUUACGAUGCUGAACCAACUCAAUGAGCGCCGUGAUAGUACGACAAGCACCAUCAGCUCUGCCUACACUGUGAGCCGCAGAUCAUCAGGGAUUUCCCCGUACUUCUCCAGCCGCCGCUCCAGUGAGGCUUCGCAGCUCGGGCACCGUCCCAAUAACACGAGCUCUGCCGACUCCUAUGACCCGAUUUCAACUGACGCUUCCCGUCGGUCAAGCGAGGCGAGCCAGUGCAGCGGGAUGCCGGGUCUGCUAAACCUCACGCCAGCUCAGCACUACAGGCUGAAAGCCAAGUACGCUGCUGCUACAGGGGGCCCUCCUCCAACUCCCCUGCCGAACAUGGAGAGGAUGACCCUGAAGAACAGGAUCUCACUAAUGGACGGGCCAGAGCCCACCUUGCCCUCUAUCCGCCUCCCACCAGGCCCCAGGCGUUGCAGCGAUGGCAACACCUAUGGCUACACAUCGGCCACAGCAUUUCCCCAUGAGGUGCCAGGCAACUGCACAAGACGGGCGAGUGACCCAGUGAGGAGACCUGCUGGGGACCCUCAGGCCCUCCCGCGAGUUCAACGCUUCAACAGCACCAACAGCAUGAACCCCUUCCAUCCUCCACACCCCGCAGACAGGAGGAAUUUCAGCCUCCAGAGCUACGGGCGCCCCGAUGGGAGCCUCCCCCGGCACACCUAUUCACCCCGGCCGCUGAGCAUCAGCGAAAACAUCGCCAUGGAAGCCAUGUCUGGGGAGGCGGAGGCACCUGUUGGAGACGACGACAUUAUGCUGCCAGAUGACGUGGUGCAGUACAUCAAGUCUCAGAACAACGGGACGGCGGCUGAGAGCACUUCCAUGGGCUACGGCAACGAGAUGCAGAACUUCCAGGGAGGUGGGAAGCUGCAGCCCCCGGCCUUUCCUGGCCAGCGCAGGAUGGCGGUGGCUGAGGCGAGCAUGAGCCAUUUGGGGCCCAUGAUGGCAGAGUGUCCCAUGAGCUUUGACGCUUCUUCAGACAUGAAUAAAAAUAACAUGCCUGUCCAGUGGAAUGAAGUCAGCUCGGGUACGGUUGAUAUGAUGUCCAAUCAGUUGAAGCAGCAGUUUUCGCAAGGGAACUUAGCAGUGGUGCAGCAGAAGCAGAACUUUGGUCAGUACCAGAACUACAACCAGCAGCAGAUGCAGCUACCAGAGAACAGUAUGAAUGUAUCACAGCAGAGCUUUAUGCAAAGAAAUGUGGGCAUGGACGGUCAGAGGCUAAACUGUAUGCAGCUGCGGCAGCAGCCGAUGAGCCUAGGCCCCGGUAUAAACCCUGAUCUGGGCUCGCACACAGGGUAUAACCAACCUCAUCAGAUGCUGAGCCCCAGUGCAAUCAGCAGCAACCCAAAUCAGAUCUCUCCUUCUUGUAGCAGCAUGGCAGCAAAGCCCGGACCCCACCUCCACCCUCAGCAAAUGGACAUGGCAACCGACCCUUCGUUAAUGGUCAGCAGCAACAGCGAGCGCACAAUGCUGAACCAGGUCAUGCACGAACCGAGUCAGCAGAACUACUCAUCUCAGCAGACCCACCUGAACUUCCCCAUGGCUCAAGAGGCCUUCCACCAGCCCAUCAUGCCCUCCAACCAGACCAGCUACGAGCCCCAGCAGAGCAUGAUGGGCUCAGCGGCACAGCCGUAUGCAGCCGGCAUGGUCCAGCCUCGUCCCCCACCCGAGCCAAGCCCAGGCAGCAGAGCCCGCGGCCUCCGCACCGUGCAGCAGCUGGGCUACAUGAGAACUCCCCACCCUCCAAACACCAUGAGCCCGGGCCAGGAGGCGGCAGAGGCUGUGCACAAAAGAACUGGCGACAUGUUGCCCGCGCUGGCCCAGCAGUGUGCGGAUGGCACGAGGGAAAACAAUUUGAUGUACUAUUACGGCCAGAUCCACAUGUAUGAACAAAACAGCAGCUUUGAUAAUCAGGCGGACUGCAGGGUCAGACAGCAGCAGUGCGCGCUGAACGGCAAGCCGGCUGCGCUGCCUUCCCCAGGCGCGAACCAGGUGUCCAGCACGGUGGACUCGCAAGGUCUUGAGCCACCCCAAAUAGAUUUUGAUGCCAUCAUGGACGAUGGGGACCACUCGAGCCUGAUGUCAGGAACCCUGAGCCCCAGCAUCCUGCAGAACCUCUCCCAGAACUCCUCUCGCCUGACGACUCCACGAAACUCUCUGACAAUGCCCACCAUUCCCACGGGAAUAAGCAAUAUGGCAAUAGGCGAUAUGAGCUCCAUGCUGACCACGCUGGCGGAAGAGAGUAAAUUUCUCAACAUGAUGUCCUAACAGUAAAGCACAAGGCCUGAGCGCUAUCCAAGGGGUCUGUGUGAAGCAGUUUUAUGAAUGUGCUUUUGAAAAAUAAUCUGUUUCAAUAGAGUAGAUUUUUUUUGAUAAGUAUUAAAUACAUUAAAGGGAUUCAAAGUAAAAUAAUUUUUAAAGUCUGUACAGAGUUAUGUAAACUACAUCCAGGCAGUUCAGCACCACAAGGGUGCACCUCUAGUAUUAUUUUUGGCUUGGUUUCCCAGAGCACUGAACAGUAUUGCCACCAAGCUAGGAGACUGCAUGAGCAUGGCUCAAGACGAAACCCUCCCUCCUUGGCAGCCCUGUAGAUAGCGCUCCCUGUCAUUUUCCAUUUGCAAAAAUUCAAUUUUCAACCCGCCCCAAAAAGAAACAGGAGGACGUGGGUUUGAUCAGAAUAAAAGCCAUACUAUGUACUCUGCUCUCAUGAGAGCGGUGUUUAGUUAAGUCUCCAAACAAGCCCUCUGGCAGCAGUAUUGUUUUAUACCAUAAAUACCUUUGUACCUUGCAAAGAGCAUCGAUUCCAAAUGGCUUCUCAGCAAAGUGCCUUACCAUGCUUUCAUGUUAAAUAGCCAAGGCCUCUCUUCCUUUAAAAAUCAAAUAUAGUGUAUUGCCAGAAGCGUAUAUAAAAUGUACAUUUAUAAAAACAUAGUGGUGUUUCUGAGAAAACAUUGGAAAGACACAUUGAUGAGACACUUGAAAGCUGAAUGCACACUUUGAUCAGAUGUGUUUACAACGCGGUUUAUAUCAAGUGCAGAGUGGAGCACAGGCCUGGGAACAGCAAUCACUGGGAAAUAAUCCCCCGUGGCAGGACGGCUGCAGUGUGCAGAGUGACACACGUGCAUACCUGUGCGCCCUCUGAGCGGCAGCGGCGCGGCACGGGGACUGUCUGCGGGGGCCCUGAAUAUCUUUUUAAUGUCAGAUUUCUGAAGUAUGCAUUACCAUAUCCCUCUGCAGCUUUGCAACAGCUUCGCUUUCUUUUGGGUUUUCCAAGCUAAGGUGCUUGUAUAGAAAAGUGAUAGCGAUGGAGAGUGGUUUUGAUUGUUUCAGCCCAGUCUGCACUGUGGCAGCGCUGUGGGAGCUGGUUUGUCUGGCCAGGGUUCACUUACUGCAUGCAGGGUUCUGCCCGGGCUCCAUGUACACACCUGGCACGUGACUGCACUAACGGGAGGCCAAGCAUGAGCUAAUAAACCCUGCCCGGCAAGGAGGCUUGUUGGCAGGGACCCAGUGCUGCAUUAAUGUGUCCCACCACUUUGGUCAGUAUGAAAAGAGCUGCUAUAUCCAAAAAGUAUACCCUGGACAACCCACAAACUGCUCUUUGUACCCAGGCUGGUUCAGUUCAGUGCUGCACCUGCAGUCUGCAGUGUAGGCAAGCAUCUGGAUAGUCUCAAAACAGGUAUUUGAAUCAAAAUAGUGGCUCUGUCUGUGAGUAUCCUGCAAAACAUACUUGGGAAAGAGAUGGGAGGAGCAGGGCCUCCCAAAGCCAAAUCCUCCACCAAAAUACAACUGCUUAUAGUAACGAUAAGCUGUUUCCAAGGCCAGGCUCACCUGGCACUGAAGUCAAUCCUAGUUGCAUUAUUUAUUUUGUUGUCAUUAGACAGAAGGGUAGAAGUGGUGGGGUGCAUGUACUUGAGCAGGAAGACUUGUUUAACUUCUGACUGCUCUCACAGCACCGAAUACUUUGUGCUCUGUUUGUUGAAGGAAAGGGAAAAAGUGUGACAUCCUCCCCAGGUUCUCACAGCUUGACCAAACACAUCUUCAGGGCCUCGGCCUCUCCUUCCCAUCUCCCCUCUCCUCUCCACACUGAUGCGAUGUUCUCACUUGCAUCUGACUCUGUCUCCUGUGUUGGAUAGGGGCAGCUCUGCAGCGGUGCUCUUUGGUGUCCUAACGUCCCUGCUUUCCUUUUGCACAAGCUGUUGUGUCAGGCUCACUGACCAGGAGCUGCUGUGAAAUGCCACGUGUUACCUCCAGGCAAACUAAGCAGUAUUUCAUACCCCAGCAGCCACGGUUGGCAGUGCUGGGUUGGCUCAGCUGGCGCAGGGAGGCACUGCUCAGCAUCCUGCGAUCUCACCCGUCCUCAUCCCAAAUGCAAAGGGUGUGCGCAGGAUGCUCUCACCCCUGGCCUUCACACCUCGAGCCCCCGUGACUCCACUGAUGUCCUGGGGCCGUGAGGACAGGAAGGCAAAGCAAGGUGCCUGGCUGUUUAUUUGUGUCUCCCAUGAAAGGUGUAUGUAAAGGGAUUGUUUUAUAGUCCGCUGUACAUAUUCUCCUGCAGUUACUGACCUUGCCCUUGCCUUUGCAUUUAUGAAAAGAGGGCAGUACGUAUUUUAGGAUGUUGUAUGUUUUCCUGGACGCUUGGAGUGCAACUGGGCAUCCCUUGUGCUGAGAUGGAUCAGGCCUUUGUGUGUCCUUUGACUGCUAAUAUGAUGUUUUCAACAGCUGCACAGGGCAAUGGUGGCUACUGAGUCCCUCUUCACAGAUAACUCAUUUGCAAAAGAUCAAACGCAAAAGCAAAACCAAAUCUCCAAUGACUUGAGAUUUCUCAGACUUUCCAGUGGUGGUCUUCCUUCAUUUACUGAAAUAGUAUUAUAAUAACCAUUCCAGCACUGUAUAUAUUAUGUAUAGAAGACAUAAGACAUAAUAAGAAGACAUUACUAAAAGUACGGUAGGUGAAUUGUUCUGUCAAAUUUAUAUCUUAAGAACAUUUUUAGCUGUUUUCUACAUCAUAAGAACAGAGGUAACAUGCUGAAACUGUAUAUAAACCUUUUGUACAUUAAAAAGUAAUUUUUUUCAUAA